AUGGCGAUGUGGAGGCAGCAAACACCGGCACUGCCUACAGGAGUAACACGGCGGAACGUCCAUCAUACUCUCCGCCGUGAGAACCUGAAGACUCACAUGUUUCUGUCUCGUUUCAGGAGAAAGCUCCGCGAGUCGGCGAGAAGAGAGUCCAGGGACGAACACGUGUGUGGCCACUGUCAGGCCGAGUUUUUAGACAUAUCGGAGUUCAUAGAACACAAGAAGGAUUGUGAUCGCAAGGUUCUUGUGCUGGGGCUGGCCGAAGAACCUCCUUCAUCGGACCUCGAAGACAUGAUGGCUACCGGAGACGAAGAUGAGGACGACGGCGUAAGCAGAGAGGGCGGUAAACGUCUGGAGGAAGAGAGGAGACAGAGGCAGGACGCGGAGAACAAUAACAGUGGCGAUGGUGAGACCGAGGGCGAAGGCGACAUGCAGGAAAACGACAUGCCUCUGGGGUUCCCCUUUCCUCUGCCACCAGUCCCAGCCGCUGCCAGCCACGUGACAUUAGAGGCCCUCCAGAACACGAAGGUGGCGGUGGCUCAGUUUGCAGCCACGACCAUGGCCAACAACGCGGACAACGCCGCGGCUUUGCAGGAGUUGGCCGUCCUGCAGAGCACGUUGUUCACACUGCAGCACCAGCAGGUCAUGCAGAUGUCGCUCAUACAACAACUGCAACACCAACUGCAGAUCACGCGCUCGAAAGAGGGCAGUCCGGUUUCGCCCCCACCACAGGUGUUGCCUCUCCCCGCUCAACAUCAACCGCUUAAACCAUCCAGGCCUUCGACCCCUGUCAAACACGAUCCACCACCACCGCCACCGCCGACGACUCAGUCCAUACCCGCGUCGCUCCCGACUCCCCAACAUCAGCAGCACCAACCUCAACCUCAACCUCAACAACAACAACAACAACAACAGCCACCUCACCUAUCCUGCACGACUCCGAAACCUCUGAACGCACCGAAGCCGUCCACUACGUCCCCACCGGCGCACGCAUCGUCUCUGCCGCUGUGUUCCAUCUCCUCGUCGCUCGCGGCUUCCAUCAUAACGAAUCCCGAUCCUCCUCCCCUCAACGAACCCAACACCCUGGAGAUGCUCCAGAGGCGGGCUCAGGAGGUGUUGGACAACGCGAGUCAGGGUUUGCUGGCCGAGUUUUUAGACAUAUCGGAGUUCAUAGAACACAAGAAGGAUUGUGAUCGCAAGGUUCUUGUGCUGGGGCUGGCCGAAGAACCUCCUUCAUCGGACCUCGAAGACAUGAUGGCUACCGGAGACGAAGAUGAGGACGACGGCGUAAGCAGAGAGGGCGGUAAACGUCUGGAGGAAGAGAGGAGACAGAGGCAGGACGCGGAGAACAAUAACAGUGGCGAUGGUGAGACCGAGGGCGAAGGCGACAUGCAGGAAAACGACAUGCCUCUGGGGUUCCCCUUUCCUCUGCCACCAGUCCCAGCCGCUGCCAGCCACGUGACAUUAGAGGCCCUCCAGAACACGAAGGUGGCGGUGGCUCAGUUUGCAGCCACGACCAUGGCCAACAACGCGGACAACGCCGCGGCUUUGCAGGAGUUGGCCGUCCUGCAGAGCACGUUGUUCACACUGCAGCACCAGCAGGUCAUGCAGAUGUCGCUCAUACAACAACUGCAACACCAACUGCAGAUCACGCGCUCGAAAGAGGGCAGUCCGGUUUCGCCCCCACCACAGGUGUUGCCUCUCCCCGCUCAACAUCAACCGCUUAAACCAUCCAGGCCUUCGACCCCUGUCAAACACGAUCCACCACCACCGCCACCGCCGACGACUCAGUCCAUACCCGCGUCGCUCCCGACUCCCCAACAUCAGCAGCACCAACCUCAACCUCAACCUCAACAACAACAACAACAACAACAGCCACCUCACCUAUCCUGCACGACUCCGAAACCUCUGAACGCACCGAAGCCGUCCACUACGUCCCCACCGGCGCACGCAUCGUCUCUGCCGCUGUGUUCCAUCUCCUCGUCGCUCGCGGCUUCCAUCAUAACGAAUCCCGAUCCUCCUCCCCUCAACGAACCCAACACCCUGGAGAUGCUCCAGAGGCGGGCUCAGGAGCCAUUCUUUAAGCAUCGGUGCCGCUACUGUGGGAAGGUGUUCGGUAGCGACUCGGCUCUGCAGAUACAUAUCAGGUCCCAUACAGGUGAGCGGCCCUUUAAAUGCAAUGUAUGUGGGAGUCGGUUCACCACCAAAGGCAACCUCAAAGUUCACUUCCAGAGGCACACUGCCAAGUUUCCUCACAUAAAAAUGAACCCCAAUCCCGUACCAGAACAUCUGGACAAAUAUCACCCACCUCUCCUAGCCCAGAUGGGGUCGCACCAGAACAUGUCUCCGGAUGAUACCGGCACGAGUUUUCCGCCGACAUCCCUUCCUUUAUACCGCCCCCCGCCACCACAUGAUCUCUUGACGCACCCCCUCAACCCCCCACCCCCUCAUCGACAGCCACACGAGCCACCUCCACCGCCUCAACCUCAGUCAAAACCUCUCCUGCCACAGACCGCGUUAUUUGGGCAGCGUAUAGAGCAGGACCUACCAGAAAACCUCAGCAAGCCUCUCAGCCAACCCUCGUCACAUUCCUCUCCACCUCCCGAGCACUACAAGAAAGAGACCUUGGACGAAGAAACGCAGGAACUCUCCGAGCGGGGAGGGCGCAGCUCGGUGGAUGGAGGCGCUGAUCGGCUAAGCCCGAAGCUAGAGCCGAUGACGGACCAUGAGCAGGAACCCGACGCCGACAUGGAGAUGGAGCAUUACUCUUCACCUCCUCCGUACGACGACUGCAGCCUCGACAGUAAAUACAGCAAUGAGGACAUGCUGAUGGGUGAGCCCGACAGCCCGCUCAUGGACAAGAAUGAAGACAGUCUUCAGGAACAGCCAGAGAACCUGUCGAGUAAAAGUGCAUCCGGUAGCGGACAGCUGAAUAUGUCGGUCGGACAGCGUCUUCCCCCAUCCAUCCCCUUCCCACACACGGUGUCACCACCAAGCAGCACUUCGUCAGGCAGCAUAAACACCCUGCACAUGCCACUCGGACCCAUUCCUCUCCCCAACGACGUGGACCCCGCGAAAGAUCCGGCCAUCUACACGAACCUCCUGCCUCGACCUGGCAGCAACGACAACUCGUGGGAGAGCUUGAUCGAGGUGACGAAGACGUCGGAGACAUCCAAGUUGCAGCAGCUGGUGGACAACAUUGAACACAAACUGACAGACCCAAAUCAGUGCGUGAUCUGUCACCGGGUUUUGUCUUGUAAGAGCGCUCUGCAGAUGCAUUACCGUACGCACACAGGCGAGAGGCCGUUUAAGUGUAAGAUCUGUGGGCGGGCGUUCACUACGAAGGGCAACCUCAAGACACACAUGGGAGUGCACCGUGCGAAACCACCGAUGCGCGUUUUGCACCAAUGCCCCGUGUGCCACAAGAAGUUCACGAAUGCCCUGGUUCUCCAGCAACAUAUCCGCCUGCAUACGGGCGAGCCGACAGAUCUGACUCCAGAGCAGAUCCAGGCGGCCGAGAUCAAGGAGUACCCUCCCCCGGCUGCAUUCCCGUUGUCGAACUCCAUGAGCCCGUUCCUAGCGCAAGGAUUUCCGCUACCUGGCGUGUCCCCACUCCCUCCUCCGGGUCUUCACCUCGGUCUGAAGCCGGACUUCGAGGAAAAGCGAGACAGAGAUCGAGAAAAGGACAGGGAUCGCGAACGGGAAAUGAAGGAAGACUUUGUCAACAAGGCGGACUUCUUGGAAGACGACAACACGAACAGCAGUGGGCCUCAACAUCUUCCCUCCUUCUCGACAUCCCUUGCCGCUCUCGAGAACCAGGUUCGAACGAUCACUACCAUGGCGUCUCAGCUGUCGGCCUCGGGACUCAGUCGAUCUGCUGAAGAACUCUGUAACAACAACUCUGCCAUCGCGAUGAACAAGACCUGCACUCCCACGCCGAUGAACGGGGAGAAGUCUCCAGUACCUGGUGGGAGUCCCACAGAAUCCGAGGUCCGCGCCUCGCCGUCUCCUCCGCGGCCACAGACCCCACUUCAUAUCCCGAGGCCGCCUUCGUCGCAGCAGCCCGAGAGUCCUGCAGCGUCCGAGUCCAACUCGCUGGGAGCUCUCGACCUGACACCUCGAGCAACCGGACCGGCACCAGGCCUCGGUCCCGGCGUCUUCUCCGGCUUUGGCCUUCUUCCCCCUGGCUCCAUUACCACGGGGUCCUCGCCGCUUAUGACUUCCGCUCUCUCGUCGCUGACUUCGUCUGUCCUAACGUCUACUGCUUUCAACCCCAUUGGACUGGCGGUCGGACCCGCAGUCCGCCCGGGCAACACGACAUGCAACAUCUGUUUCAAGACGUUCGCCUGCAACUCCGCGCUGGAGAUCCAUUACCGGAGCCACACCAAGGAGCGACCAUUCAAAUGCAGCGUCUGUGACCGCGGAUUUUCAACCAAGAAGAAUACAGAUCCACUCCAUGCUCACCAAAACCCUGAUAGUAUCUGUGACCACUGGGGUCAGUGGCGUAUCCAGCAGGGGGACCAUAGUGGAGGCCGUGAAGCCAAUGUCACUCAACACAAGCCUAAAAGACAGAGAAAGAGAAAUGAUGGAAAUAAGAAAAAUGGAUGCGGAAAGAAGUACGCUGCAUGGCUGCCCCCUCUGCUAUGCAACCCUGGAUACGCCGCUGACUGGACCCCCUUAUUGGGCAAUAUGAAGCAGCACAUGCUGACACACAAGAUCCGGGAUAUGCCAUCACACCUCUUCGAGACCAGCAAACCACCUCCACUUCCAGUACAUGCCUCAAUUAAUGAUGAGGGAAGUAAUACUGAAGAAAUACACACAUCUUCUUCUUUGGAAUUACCACUUAAACCUGACCUGGGAAUGAAAAGAUCACCUCCUGAAGGGGAAGCCGUCUUGCCCAUCCCAAAGCGUCAACCAGGCUUGCCAAAGCACUUGUGCCAUGUUUGCAAUAAGAACUUCUCGUCCUCGUCGGCACUGCAGAUACACAUGCGCACCCAUACAGGGGACAAGCCUUUCAGAUGUACAAUCUGUCAAAAAGCAUUCACCACUAAGGGCAACCUUAAGGUGCACAUGGGCACUCACAUGUGGAGCAACGGGGCCUCUCGCCGCGGUCGGCGCAUGUCUCUCGAUCUGCCACCAAUACCCAUGACGCCCAAGGAUUCAGAGUUUCUGCAGCGGAGGCCAGAUCUUUUCUACCCUUAUCUGCCAGCCCCAUUCCUUAAUGGCAUGCAGCAGAAGCUGAAUGAGAUCUCAGUGAUCCAGAGUGUGAACAGCAAUAAUGGCACUGGUCUGAGUCCACCUGGUGGUAAAUAUGCCAGUUUGUUGGGAUUUGGAGGUUACGGUAGAUCUGACAAGCCGGUUAUGUCAGAGCCCCCACAAUCUCAACCAAAUUCUCCACUGUCCGACAAGCCACCAUCAUCUCCACUGCCAUUAUCAUUGUCUUUGGGAAGUCACCACGGCUCUCCUCCAUUACGUGAAUUGGGAGGAAAUGACGGUCCAGAUCGGGAAGCCAUGUCCAGAGGAAUGUGGGACCUUCAUUAUGACAGAAAACCACCUAGUGGGAACACUGAUGAACCUGUGGAUGCAUCUCCAUCACCACCUGGUCAUGUGACACCUCACCCACCACCAACCCCUAGGGGAGAAGGACUGGCGGCAUGAGACUGUUCUGUGCCUCUGCACUGAAGAGGCACAAAGACAUAACAUAAUGGUCUACAUAUCUCAUUAUUUAUUGAACUUUGACUGAUGCAUGAAUAUGAGUAGAGUUGGUGGCUUCUUGAUAUUUCUCAUCACACCUGUCUGUGGUGCUGGUUGAAUCACUGUGGCUGCAAUGUUCCUAUUUUGAAACUAGUCUUUAUAUAUUAUUGAGGAGAGAAAAGAGACACAAAAGGAUAAGAUAUUUGCUGACAGGGAGAUAUGUUAACAUUUGGUAACAAAAUUGAAUGCUUAAAUAAGUGUAAGUACCAAAAUUUACAUCUUGUUUUACAUCAGUUCAAUAACCAAUUCAGAGGAGCUACCACUGAAGAAGAACUGUUAACUCACGAGUGGGUCUGGAUCUUUUAAAUUAUGGAGGGAAGUGUAGAUUGUAUAUGAGCUCAUUAAUUGAUUUUGAGAAUUCAGAGAAAAAUAUUAUUAAUACUAUUAUUAUGAUUAUAUUAAAAUAUUAUACAUAAAUAUGUAUGUGUGUGUGUGUGCGCGUGCGUGUGUGUGUGUGUGUGACCAGGUUGUUGCUUGGAAUGGGCCACAUGAGUAUCAGGCUUCAAUGUUGUUUGUUUUUGGGCUGGGGCAAUCUGGGGACAGAGCAUGGCCCAUGGUCCCCAUGACUUUGAUUCACUGUGAUACUACACCUGUAGGAGGGUUUUAUGUACACGUGUGCAGAAAUAUGGAAAGUGUGUUGUCAAGUCAAUCAGAAUUAGAGCUAUGGUACUUAACAUACCAAUUAACUCUUGUACUUACUUGUACUGUAAGUCAGUUGUCAGGAAAUUGUAACUACCAAUGACUAGCAAAAUAUUUUAAAUGUUGUCAGAUGUGCAGAGUACGCUAAGUAAACUGAAUGAUUACAAUUUCCUUUGUAAAACCUGGAACCUAAACCUAUCACCCAAACAUCUCUCCUCUGAAAGACACCCGGGUGGUGUUCGAAAAUUUGGACUGUAACUGUACAUUUGCUACUGUAUUUGGUGUUAUUCAAUUACAUGCAACCACUGUUCAGUGUAUUUUGCUCAGAACAGAGAAUAUUGAGUUUUUACUGUUGUUACCAACCCCCACCCCCCACACCCCUUGUUGCUGUACAUAAUGUAAAUGUAUAUGUUAGGUUAGGUUACUGUCGAGGAAGUUUCAAGGAACUCUUUGAGAUGCUUACAGGAAUAAAGAAAGGCUUUCUAAAAGUAAUUAUUCUGUAUCAAAUGUGAAAUGGUAUUGGAGGCCAUAAGAACUGGGAUAUAGUCAUCCAGAAUGUAUAUGUUUUGAUAUGUAUAUAAAUAUGAAGUUCUGGCAUCUUGCAUGAUUUUCCUGGCUAACUGCUAACAAAACGCAGCUUAAGCAUUGCCAAAAAUGUAGUACAUUUGAUUGAUGUGAAAGUUUUAGACAACUCACCCAAAUCCUGUCUUAAGAAGUACAAAACCUUCAUCCAGUCAUCAUUUUUUUGUGUUAUAACCUUGCUAUUGUACCAUUGCACAUUCCUACCUACUCAAAUUUGGUAACCAUUUAAUGGGUAGUAACAACUCUCUGUAGUACUUUGAAGAAUAUAGUAUUAAUUUCAUGUGCUUAUAUCAAAGCUACAGAAUUAAAUUUCAAGUAAACCGUUAUACUAUA